AUAAGCUUAGCUUUGUGACUCAAAAUAUUUGCCGUGCUUCUCUUCCACGGCCAGAGAGGAUGACCAUUUCCUCCUCCUUAUCGCCGGCCGCCGCCCCAAUUUCUAUCAUUUCCCAUUUAUCAUAAACAAAACAUUUGCUUUCAAUUCGAUCCUCCUUUCGUUGUUGGAUCGAACAUCUAUCCUAUCGUUCCAAAUUUAUUUUAGAUUAAACCAAAAAAAAAAAAAUGUAUCCUCCGUAUUAAUUAAACAAUCGAGAUUAAUUUCCAUGAUCGCCGUAUUGCCGUAAUCGACGCUCAAUUUUAGCGCCGCCUCAAUAAAAGACCGAUGGAGAAGCAGCGGGGGCGGCCGUUGCUGGCGGAGCAGGACGACUAUUCGUGCGGGCGGCGGCGCCGGAGAAGGGAGCGGGUGGCGGAGGUGGUCGGAGGGACGACGGCGGAGUGCGCGGCGGUGUGGUGCUGCAUCCCCUGCGUUGUGGUGGAGAUUCUGGUCCAGGCCGUUUACAAGGUCCCGUCGGAGCUGUGCCGGAAGGCUCUGAGGAAGCGCCGGCGCAGGCUGGCGAAGAAUGGGGGUUUUCCGGUCUGGGAUGAUUCGCUGAUGCGCAUGCACCGCCAUACCGUGGACGACGCCGCCGUGGAGCCGCCGGACGAAGAUGCGGUGGAGUUGGAAAGGGAAAUGUGGAACAAGUUUUCCGGUGCCGGAUUCUGGAGAAGUCCCUCUCAGAGGACGGAUUUAUCUCAAUUGUGACUAUGCAAAAUAUAAUAAUUCCCAGUCCAAGAAAAAUUCCUAUCUUAACAUAUUCUUCUUUUUUUUUUUUUUUGGUAAUGGGAAUUUUAAUUUAUGUUUGUGGAUUGAAAUUUAUAUAAACUUGGGUUGAAAAUUUGAAA